UUCAGGAGUAUGAAAGGUCGCGACUGGGAUGGGCUGCAUGAAUACGAAGCACAAUUUUUUGGUUUUGUACCGAAAGGAUUUACGGAUGUUGUCUAUAAUUUAAUCUUGGAAGAAUGGGCAGAAGUUGUUGAGAAGAAAAUAAUACCCGAAUUGCCACUUAAUGAUGUAAACGGUGAAAUGAAACUGCAUUUGAAAAUGGAACUUGUCAAUAUGAUUGGCAAAAACAAUAUCCUGAACUCGCUUAUGAAUAAACUAGAGGCAUACACUUUGGAAUAUGUUUUCCGCAUACCUGACGAAGUAACACUCCCUGAAGAUAGGCCGAAUUUAGAAAUGGAUAAGGAAUGGACCGUAGAAUCCGCUGGCAAACGAAAGCAAGAACUUGAACACAAUAUUAUUAAAUUACGUUUAGCCAAUGAAUUGUUUGACAAAGAAAUUACAAAUAACCUGCGAGCGAUUCAGUUGUGGAAAGCCGUGCAAGAGAUUAGUGGUGGUAAUAAUUUCGCGAGUAAUGAUUUUGCUAAAUAAAAGGAAUGGUUGCUCUGGAAUUUCAUGUUUAACAAAAGAUUCACUGAAAUUUCAUAAUUAACCGACAAAUUACUAUCUUUACUCGCCGGAAAAACGUGAUAUCGGAUUUUCAUCAAUUUUAAAUAACCGUUAUGCAUGGCCUCCUGCAAGAGGAUAGUGAAACUGCAUUUCCCUAUCAGUGACAAACCAGUUGAAUUUAAUCAUCCUCAGUAAUUAAACAUACACAAACUCAGAAAUGUUUGGGAUCACGCAUUGUACAAUAAUGAAGUUAGAACGCGUUUUCUC